AAAUUGAAAAUGCAUCAAUUAUAGUAACUGAAGUUACACAUAUUAUUAAUAAUUCCAUGAAGAGUACAUGGUGCCUAUAGACUUAAUUACCCUAAUCAACAUCUGUAUAGUGUUGAUAAUCGGCACGAUCGGGUUACUUAGGUCAGGAAAAUUUUGAAGGGAGCCGAUAUAAUCAUUAGACAACACACUGAUAGGCAUUAAGUUUUCUCCAUUCUGCCAGGUUUUGUUAAAGGAUUUCUUUUUGGCGGUAAACCACUUAUUCUUCAGAAGCAACUAUGUUAACAUUAAUUAUAAGUGUUUUAAUUGGAAUAUUGAACAGUGUUUUCGGUGCACCUAUUUUAAACGACGAUGCUUUGACCAUUACUUCAAUAAAAGGAAAGCAAGUUGUAUUACCAUGUGUCGUCAAAAACUUAGGAUUUUCUAGUAUUAUAUGGUUUUCACCAAACGGUGGCGCUAUAGCUAAAGACACCAAUCUGUAUUCACAAGAUGACAGAUUCUCUGUACAACAUCCCUACAAAACAGAGUAUAACUUAGCUAUAGAGAACAUACGGGAAUCAGACGCUGGGGUAUACAUAUGUAUGGUGUUAGGUGGACAAUCAGAGAAACAUGUCACUUUAGAAGUACAAUCACCACCAACGCUGGACACACAAAGAUCUACACCUAACCUUAAAAUAGUAAUGGAAGGGGAUACGUUAUCAUUAAAAUGUGCAGCCACGGGAAAACCGGAACCUGUAAUCAGCUGGUACAGAACUGUGGAAACAGAUUUACCUGAGCAGACAAAAGAAGAUCUUGGUACAACAGGUCCGAUUUUAUCCAUAAAGGAUAUUGCCCGAGAAGCAGCUGGAUCUUAUGAAUGUGUGGCAUCCAAUAAUUUACCACCAAAUGUGUCCAGAGAAAUUAUUGUAGUUGUUCAUUAUAAACCUCAGGUAUAUCCACAGAAUGACCAAGUGACGAAGAAACCUGGUAAAAAUGUUAUAUUUGAAUGUCUUGCGGAAGGAUAUCCUCUUCCUUAUGUUGUUUGGAAGAGAAAUGGAAACGUCAUAUCCAGAACUGAAGCGUCGUAUAAAUUUAGACAGGAUGUGUAUGAAGAGAAAGAUUCGAUCAUAUUAUCUCUCCGAAUCAACGAUCUUAACGAUAAUGAUUUUGGUAUUUACACUUGCGAAGCAGAAAAUAAAUAUGGGUCCGCUUCACACGAUUAUACAUUAGAAAAAACAGGAGCUCCUAAAAUAGCGGUGGCAUCUUCAUUAGUUCGUAAAAUAAAAAGUGAAAAUGGCGAUUUAGAAUGCAGAGUUCGAGGUUUUCCUAGGAGCGUUGUUUGGUUUAAAAAUGGACAAAAACUUUCACCUACCGCUAGCAGACGAUAUGCUAUCGAAACUUACAAAGAAGAUGACAUCACUGUGUCUUCAUUAACGAUUGUGUCGCUCGAGGCUUCAGAUUUUGCAGUAUAUGUAUGUCAGGCAGACAACGAAUUCGGUAGUGACGAAAUGGAGAUACGUUUGGAACAAAGUGCUAUUGAAAUAAGUGGACCAGUUGAAGGAAAAGUAGGAAGGGAUAUAACUCUGGUUUGUAACGCAACAACUGAUUCUAUUGGAAAAGAUGGUAUUGAAUGGUUCAAAAACGGACAACGAUUGAUAAAGUCUUCACGCAUCACUACGUCACGUGAUAUUAAUACAGAUGAUCAAAGAAUUUAUAGCAAACUGUUUAUAAACAAGAUGAAACUUGGCGACAAGGGAACAUACACCUGUAGAACAUCGAAUCUCUUGGUUAAAUCUCAUUCCUUAAGUAUAACUCAUGUUCCAGAUGAUUUUGUUAACAUAGACAAGGCUAUCUCAAGUCCUACAGACAUAAUUAGAAAAGAAAAUAGCGGUCCAAUCAAACUUAUGUGUAAAGUAGAAGCUUUUCCAAGAAUAAUGAUAUUUUGGUAUAAAUAUAUAGGAGAAAGCGAUGGACGAAAGCAGUAUACAGAAAUAGCCUCUGGUGAUGAAAUGUUGACAUUAAACAGCCAUAGAUCCGUGGCAGGAACCUACCAAUGUAGAGCAACCAAUGGAAAACAAUCAGAGGAAACACUGGACAUUGAUGUAGACAUUCAGUAUCCUGUAAAAGUUUCAGUAACCUCCCAUAGAAUCAAGAAAGAAAUCGGGACGCCAUUAAUAGCAGAAUGCAAUAUAACAGGAAAUCCGAUCAUUUUGAAUUUUUGGGUCUCACCAAAAGGUCCUAAUUCUACGUUUGACCAUACAUUAGAUAUUGCAUAUCAUGAAAACUAUAUGACUGUGGCAAUGAAAAUAAUGAAAUUAAGAAUAGAAGAUUUCGGACAAUACACCUGUGUUGGUGGAAAUCACCUCGGCAAGGAUUCAGUCAGUGUUACCAUUUUACCACUUUUUGUCACAACAACCAAAGCUGCUACCACGACUUCCACAACAACCAUGGUAACAACAGAAAAGAUGACAAAGAAGCCAACAACAACAAUAAAAACAUUGAUAUCUACCAAAAAGCCUAUAACACCGGUGCCAAUUAUAAUCACAACAAAGCCGACAGAGAAAACAACAAAGAAACGAAAACCCAAACGACCAUACAUACCAACUGCCGAACCUGAGUAUAAAGAAUCAGACAAAGAACAAGUAAAACAAGAUAACCAAAACAAAAGUUCUGUUAUGGCCACCAACUAUAUUUUACUGACUGUGACAGUUGUCUUCGCAUUCCAAAAAUUGUAUUCAUAGCAGAAUCAUGUUAAUAUGUAUGAUUGAAGAGGCAGCUUGAUGGUGUAAAUGCAGAAAAAAAUAAUAGCUAAAGUGUUGGAUUUAAUAUUUUCGUUUGAUAAUUAUCUAUCCUAUUAAUUUGUAUACAAAAUGUCAUUCAAAUUUUUUGAGCAACAUUAGAGAAUCUGAAACGAAAUAUAUACAAUGAAAAAUAAAUGGUAAAUUAUUAUUGCUCAUUAUUUAUAUUAUUGAUAAAUAACACAAUACUUAGUAUCAGACAAAAAGAUAAGACAAAUAAUUGUUAGAAUUGUCAACUUAAGUAAGUGACAAAUAUAUUUUGUUGUCAUUUUACUUACAUUCUAAUUGCCUUAACAAACUAACAUAAUUAUGCAUACUUCGUCAAAUUUUUACUUAACUUUUUUUAAUUAUAUACUUAUAAAGUGUUUAUUUAGUUACAUGUAUCUGUACUUUGGUUCAUUGUUUAAAGAUGUUUUCAUUUCAUGUCUGUUUUUCUUUUAAGAAAAGUAUGUAUACCAUCAUUUGUUAAGCUUUUGUUGAAUCAGACAUUUUACUGCGUAUUUGUUGCUUCUAAACUGGUUUCAUUUUCUGGUAGGUUUGAUAUAUCUUCUUUUUGUUCUUCGAAACUGGUUCCGAACUAGUUCGAAACCGAAACCGGUUUAAACACGUCCUCGUGUGGUUUGAACAAUUUUACCAAACGUCAUCAAAACUUUUUUAAAAUAUUUUUAUAAACUGCUUAGAAAGGAUUUUAAACCUAACCAUAAACCACUUAAGCCGAACCUGUAAACUGAAAUUAGCUAGUGUGACAGCAAUUAAUACGCCCUCAGGUUCAUAAGUUUUAGUAAUAUAUUUUUUAUCCUCAGACUUGACCUUUACAUUUUGUGAUGAAUGGGAGUAAGUCAGCAUUCCGCACACGUGUAAAUGAAUGUAUUUAUUAUAAUUUAUGGAUUAUAAUUCAAACUGCACAAAGACAUAAAUGGCUAUAUAAAUUGUGUAAAUAUCAUCAGUCAAUUAUCAUUGUAUCUUAUUAUUUUCACUUUAAUUUUGCAUGUUUAUGCUUAUUUAUGAGAUGAAAUAUAUUUGAUCUCAGAAGAGAGUAAGAAAUUGAUUAAUUUGGACGGCCGAAAAUAAUUUUAACCCAAACACAUUCUUUAUGUUCAUGUCCCAAACCAAACUCCUGUAGUCUAGUAGAUGUUGGUUGCCGUUGUUUCUUGACUGUUUUUCGUUUAAUGUUAUUAGCUUAAUUUAGGCCGUUGGUUUUUACUUUUGAAUUGCUUCAUAUGUAUAGUUUUGUGUUUUGCUCAUUGUUUAUGGCAAGACGGUGACCUGUUAAUAUGUACAUCAAUCUUUUUUCUCUUUGGUAGUUAUUUUGACGAUUUGUUGUUCGUAGUUUCUUUUACGUCUAGUUUUGUUCGGAAUAGUCGCGUGUUGAUGGUUUUUGUGGACUUGUUAUCCUUUUCAUGUCAGAUAUUUUUGAUGAUUCUUGUUAUUCUUUUCAUGUAUCAUUAAGGUGGACCAGAAAGUGGUGACAUAAACCAUCUGAUGUCAACUUUAACUGAGAGAGUUAGAAUAUUAGUUUAUAGCAAGUCAUACAUCUUCGAACAUCAAUUUAAUAUAUUAUAAAUAUGGAUAAAAAUAAAACAAAUAGGGUAAGCGUUAAUCAGAAGCUACAUAACCAGGAAAAAUUAUCUUAAUAUAUAACCAUUGUAAUCAAUACGUCAUAUCUGUUGAAUUAGGUGAAAUAAUAAAGUAUGCACCUUUACUGUCAAUACAAUUUAUAUUUAUCAUUGCUUACAACUUGUUAAUAUAUUUCCAUCGAUGUUGAUAUACAUAAGUAUGUCUGUGACAUUCUUUGAUAAUGAUAAUCUUGUUAUCUUAUAUGUGUGUUUGUAUAACGUGUGUAUAUUUCGUUUUACGUGCCAUAUUAAAAAUAUUAACUAUU